CCUUCAUUCCAAAACAUUUUCUACAUUCUUUUCACCUCUUCGUUAUUUUCAAGUUCAUUCUUGGGCAACAAGGCCCACGCAUUCCCUGACGGAGACGCUCUCGCCAUCCCAGAAUCUUCUCCCCUCAUGUACGCAUCCCCAAAAACCAUCGCCGAGCCCCCUUCAGUAGGUGGUUCUCGCGAUGAUGCCUUGCCUGAGGGAGAUGGCUGGGAUGGCGCCCCAACCCCUUUAGAAGGUGGCUCCAACGAUGAUGUCCUGGACGAGGGAGAGGGUUCUUGGGGUGCCCCGACCCCUUCUAGCACAAACUCUUUUGUUAGUGUCCCCGUUGUUAAAGACACCCCAGCCGUGAACAUGUUCGUGCAGUCGGCCAUGGUGGCCUCCAUGUCAAAGACGGAAGACUUCAUCCAUGACGUGAUCGAGAAGCGUCUGAAAGACCCAAACACCGACGGGGUGAGGAAAGAGUGCCUGAAGAUGUGCAAGGACGUGUACGAGGAUUCAAUGAAGGCAAUGAAGAAAACAGUGGAGGACACAAAGGAUGGAAAUCUUUACAAGGCGAACGUAGACAUGAGCGCCAUGUCCACUGACAUUGACACGUGUAAGGAUUGCAUGGGACAUGUUUACAACAAGAACGACCCCGAGUUUAAGAAGUUCUCCGCUUGGAUUGACGGCAUGGCAAACGAUUGCCUUGACAAGAUAACCGGACUAGGAGAUUAAUAAUAUCCAUGGGGAUAUGUACUUCCAGUUAGAAAGCAGAAUAUAGAGUAUGUACUACCUUAUUUUAUUGCACAUUAAGAAGUGCAAACUUACACAGUUACACUAGUUAUAUAGGCUAAUGAAAGAAGAAGAAAAAGAUCAUAAUGUUGGGUAGGAAAUGUGGAAGUAGUUAUGUAUUUAUUGAGGGUAAGGAUUUAAUUAGAUUUGACAACUUGUAUACUCCAUAUCUGAAAAAUCAAUGGAGAUUAGUUUU